UCAAAAGAGGAGCACUUUGUGUGAGUUGGAGGCAAGUUCCUCAAGUUAUACUUCAUUAAUCUGUAUCUUUCAGUACUUCAGAGAUCCUGGAUCACUCUUUGGACCCACGAAACAAGUCAUAUUACUGCAGGAAAGUGAGGAACCUGAGCUGCACUUGGCAGCUCCAAAACAAUGGCGGAGUGCACACAGGAUGCCAACCCCACCAAGGUGAUCCAAAAUCCACAAGCUGACAUCAAGGACAGGGCAGCGGUCAAAGUCAGACCCGCAGACCUGGGGCUGAUUCGAAGCUUGUCCAAGUCGGACUCUGACUUGUUGGCGUCACCACUCGGAGAGGAGGAUGGAGGUCUGGCUGGCCGCAGUGGGUCCGUGUCUAACUGCAGCUCUGGGCAGCCGUCCAUGGAGCGCAUGCCUUCCUUUGCCUCUGAGUGGGAUGAGAUUGAGAAGAUCAUGAACUUGAUUGGAGCAGGCAUUGAAACAUCCAAAAAGAAACAGCCCGCCCCGAGCUCAGAUGGGGCCUGUGGUAAAGCCCUGGACCAGCCGGUCGGAGAGUGGCUGGAGCACGUGGGGCUGCCGCAGUACGAGAGCAAGUUCCUGCUCAAUGGCUUCGACGACCUACGAUUCAUGGGGGGUAACGUGAUGGAGGACCAGGAUCUCAGAGACAUUGGGAUCACUGACCCAGGACACAGAAAGAAAAUCCUCCAUGCGGCACGCAGCUUGCCCAAGGUAAAAGCACUGGGCUGUGAUGGCAGCACAUCUCUUGUCUCCUGGCUGGACGUCCUUGGCCUGCAUGAAUAUCUGCCCAACUUUCUGUCAAGUGGCUACCGCACACUGGAGUGUGUUAAGAACCUGUGGGAGCUGGAGAUUGUCAAUGUUAUUAAGAUUGGUGCCCUGGGCCACAGGAAGAGGAUCAUUGCCUCUCUAGCAGAGAGGCCCUACGAAGAGGCUCCAUCAAAGUCCCGUCGUCUGUCCCCGAUUAUGUUCCAUGACCUCCUGUCCCAGACCACAUCUCCCCUCAGUCAGAUGGACCCGUACACCAGUCGCUCCAUGGACAUGCUCCUGCCCUCGACCGAGUCCGACCGGAGGCGGAGGGGAGUUGACCAAGACUGUAGUGUUUCUCUGCGUUCGUAUAGUGAGAGGCCGCGCUCGGUAGACCGACAGAGUGAACGACACAAAGACUCUCGUUUGAACCUCCGGCCGCCGAGCCAGUCUGCUACCUACGCCACGGUGUCCGCCUGGCAUCACCAGCCUGAGAAGCUCAUCCUGGACUCCUGCGGGUACGAGGCAACCUACCUAGGAUCAAUGAUAAUCAGGGAUCUACGAGGGAUCGAGUCCACACAAGAGGCCUGUGCUAAAAUUAGGAAAUCAAAGGAUUCAAGAAAGGGUCCAGUCGUCAUACUGUCCAUUACCUAUAGAGGGGUCAAGUUCAUCGAUGCAGCCAUGAAGACUAUAGUUGCGGAGCACGAGAUCAGGAACAUCUCGUGCGCCGCCCAAGACCCAGAUGACCUCUGCACUUUUGCUUACAUUACCAAGGAUCUGAAGAGUGGCCACCACUUCUGCCAUGUCUUCAGCACUGUGGAAGUGACACAGACCUACGAGAUCAUCCUGACACUGGGACAGGCAUUUGAGGUGGCCUAUCAGAUGGCAAUGCAGGCCAGGGCGAGACACUAUGUCCCGCCUACGUCUCUGAGUUCAGAGGUCAUAGAGACCAAAGCCAGCCGUCCUGUAUCUCAGUCAUGGAGCAGCAUGCGGAGAUCAGCAGUCCUCCUGCCUCCCAGGGUGCCCCUCUGCUCGAAUGCCGCUGCUGUCACUGUCACACGUGUACUACCCACCGUCCUUCCUUCCUCCCGUUGCACUCUGUUAGCCCUGGAGUCCAGAUCGACCCCCUGGAGAUGGACGCCGACAUGCAGUCCCUGGGCAGCACCUCCUGGCUCUUGGACCAGCGGGACUCCCACAGGCGCCCCGUCAGCACCAAGUACGAGACCACCAUAUUCUGAGGCCGGAUCCCCAUAGGCGGCCCUCAGCACCCCCUCGUACUUCCCUCUCCCCUCUGCAUCUGAUUCUUUAUUUAUCUCUCACGCACACACACAGACACACAGACAUUUAUACAUGCGAGCCCCGUGCCUUCUCACUGUGAUGGUAUAGCAUCCCUCAGAGUGGCCUACUCCUGCACCUUCCUUUGCCCUGCCCAGCGACCCACACCAACCUCUUUACCCGCCAUGACAAACACUCCUGUGGCUCCCCCGUGCCUCCCCAAAAACCCUUGGAGCCCCCCACACUCGCCUGUUGCUGCUGCAGCCAAUGGUGGAGCCCUGGAACGGAUGAUCCUGGACUGAUCUCAUUUUACAGUGGCCCUGCUCUCUCAACCAAACUGCCUCUUCCUCCUCAUCCUCCUCCUCCUCAACGUGCAUCUGCCUCCAAAUCCCCGAUAUCUACCAGAGGUUCCAUCUUUAUUCUUCUUCUUCUUCUUCUUCUUCUUUCAGGCCAUUCUUUAAAUUGAUUCACUGCAGGCAAAAUGAGCAUUUUUAAUUUGUCUCUGUUUCUAGACUCCAAAUGAGCUUAGUUUAAUUUCCAGAAAGGUUAAGUUUAUAAUAUUGAGUAAACUACAAACAUGAGUAUAAUACCAAAAUGGUCAGUGUGUUCAACUGUUAACAGAAAAGUUUAACUUUUUGAGGAAGGCGCUUAUUCAUUAAAGCUAGAUGAGAAUAAAGAUACCACUCUCACAGCUGUACAGCAAAUGUGCUACAGCCAGCAGCAGGCUAAUUUAGCUUAGCAUAAAGACUGGAAAUGGGGAAAACGCUAGCCUGGCUCUGUCCAAAGAUAAAAAAAAGUCUUCCUACCAGCACCUCAUCAUCUCACUGGUCCUGACCGGGACAUAGUCCAGCACCCCCGUCAAAACGCCAAUUUUUUUCGUUUUUACAUUUAGGUUUUCGUACGUAUUAAACAAAUGGCAUACAACGUGUUAAUUAGCGAGCUUUAUAGGUGCUGGUAGGUGGGUUUUUUAAAUGUUGGACAGAACCAGAAUAGCUUUCUCCAUAUGUUUCCAGUCUUUGUGCUAACCCAAGUUAACCGCUGGGUGGUGUCAAUAUUGACAAGAAAACCAAUUAGCGUUUUCCCCAAAACGUUUAACUUUUCCUUUGAACGCGCCCUUUGGAUAUCGCUCAUAUCGAAGGUUUAUUCUGUAAUGUAACAGCAUGAAUCCUUUUCUAGUUUUUCCACCGUCACUUUUUCUUUUAGAAUUUCUGAAUUGUUUGGUUGUUUUGCCUCAAGACAAGUUAUACAUAUUGUUUCUUUCUCCAUCUUCAGCCUGUCCUGUCUUACCAGGCAUCUACCACUGUGAGGCACUAUGAGGAGGCUGCUUUGCUAGCAUGGGAUGCAAGACGGACAAUUAAAUCAAUGACAGACAAAACAGCAACAUGCAGCAAACAACCUGGUGUUUUUUUUUGUUUUCUACGCAUUUGUACAAUACUCAUAACUACACCAUGGCUUGGUCAUGGAUCUAUCACUGAUGUCUGAACUCGAACGGACCAAGAACUCAACCCGCGAACACACACACACACACACACACAGGUGGACAACUUUCCUACACUUUACUGAGGACAACAGCCUUACGUCAUUUCGGUUAUCUAUAAUCAACUAAAGCCCCCACCUUCCCCCCGACCUCCCUGAAUACCACCACCACUGCACUCCUUCCCCUUCUGCUUCUAAAAGAAACAAAGACAACACUUCUGAUUCCCCGGUGUGUUGAACUGACUGACGAUGACGAUGAUCAUGACUGAAGAUGUCGUUCUUAUGAUGGUACAGACUUGUCCAGAUGAGAGUUUCGCUCUGGCCUUUGUACCGCCCCGUCUGCAGUCUCUCAGCAUUCACGGUAGCACCGAGAGACUGCGACUCACAUCUUCUACGUGUCAAUUAAAAAAGAAAGAAAAGAAUAACACUGUGUUAAAAAAUGUAGCACUAUCCCUUUUAAUACCUUAUUUUUCUUUUCUUACGGCAAAUAGGAUAUUAAUGCAUUUUGUGAUACUUUUUUGAUAGACUGAUACACCAGAUUGAAAUACUUUUGGACAGAGCGAUUACGAGGGGAUCAUGAAGGAUCCCAACGUUGAUACAACCCCAAGGCAAAAAAAAAACCCAACAACAAAGAGAAUACUACCAAACAAAACUACACAAGAGUGUACUGGCAUUGGAUCCACAACAUGAUUUCAUUUGACUCGUAUAUUAAUGAGCCCGGAGCACAUUUCCCCAACGUAGCAUCUUAUUAUCAUGAUUACAUGGGUCGGUAUCCAUGCUGUUUCACACCAAUUUAGAAUUAGGUACAGUACAUGCAAAGUAUGUCACUUGAAAAUGAACGUCAGUGAAAAGAUUUAAUUCCACUACAUUAACUCUGGUGUCGUGUGGAUGGGAAUGGAUUUGUUAUGCUGAGAACAUGACACAGGUUUUUGUUUUUUUUAAAAGAAGAAUUUCCUUCCUGCACUGUGACUCAAAAAUGCUCGGCGUGGAGUCGACACAUAUCUGUUGGUCCUCCCCUGUGUGCACUACUACCUACUGUGCGUGCUGUAUGCCUUGUUGUCUGUCCUCAUGGGAGUUUGGACCGUUUGGCCGUUCCAUCACUGUCCCGCCGUCCUUGUCUGUGUGCUGCAGGAGAUGUGAGGUAUUGAGCUCCUCUCCAGAAGACAGUGUGUGUGUGUCUGGAGACUGACUGUUAAGCUGUAACUGGUUCGUGUGCGGUACCGUGGCCGUGCCAUUGCCACUUUGUUCUGACUGUUAGCUUCCACUGACGAUGCAUGUUGGCAGUGUUUCUUUUGUGUGUUUUCUGUACCCUUCGAUGCACUUGAGCCUGAGCAGUCUAUGUAUGUACUGUAGCAAAUGUCUCGUCCGUCUCCUCUCACCCACCUGCCAUUUGCUUUUCACGUCCCCCCCCCACACCCCCCUCUCUUCGUCACGCACCAUGACAGCGAUUCAUCCUCAUCCCUCCACGUCAUCAUUCCGCCCAACAUUUUGUCACGUAUGUUCUUCCAUUUUGGCGUGUCACCAAGACGACCUGCUCUAGUAUGGAUGCAUAGUAUAAAAGCAUUACAACUUUAAUGAGCAGCCGCUAUUUAAAGCAAGUUUUGGUGGCAUGAUUUUUGGCUGUGCAUGUACCAGUCUUCUUUAACAUUUGGUGUUUUCCUUGUGUAGCUCACCCCAGCGUUCAAGUUUCCGGAUACCAAGCUGUGAGUUGAAGGGGAGCAGCCGAUGCGAGUGUGUGUGUUGAGUUGUAGUGGGCAGGGCAGUGGGAAAGAGGUAGAGAGAGAGAGAGAGAGAAAACGAGAGGUAAGCCUUAUGCAACGUGCAGGGCCAAGCAGACUCUGUAUAUCCCCCGCUCCUCCACUGCCCCUCAUAUGAAAUCCCAACACACUGACGAAAAGGUGACCUGUUGUCCCACGUCGCUGGCUAAACGGGACCUGUGUAUCACUCAGAAAUCAGAAAAGGGUCACGUCUAUGUCCUGAGCUCCAUGUGACUUUCUGACCGUGUCAUGUAUAGGUACUGUUUUGUUUAAAAGCACUGUAGACCAUAAAUGAUAAAGACCAUUUAACGAACAUUUCUAUUGAUUCAGGGUCUAUUGGCGGUAGUAACUGUCACAGUUAUUAAGGGUAAACAGAAAUGUAACAAAAAAAUAAACUACCAGCAUACAAUGCUUCGCCCAUGUUUGUGGACAGAGCACGGUUUGUCUAUGAAAAUGUGAUACUGUUUCAAAUUUCAAAGCAAUAUUAUAUUAAUGAAGAAUUAAAUAAUACAAUGACAAAAGAAUCCCUCUCACGUCUGUUGUCAGCAUUGAUUUUGUUUUAUGGUUAAAAAGUAAAACACAGAAACAUCACAGCAGCUGUUUGGACUCUAAAGAGACAAACAUAACAACAUUGUUAUCUACAUUGUACAAUAUCAGUGUUUCCCUGCUGUGGGGAAUAGUGGAUGGUGCAACUAAUACAUCAACAAAAGAUGUGUGCGUACCAUUUGUUGUGUUACAUCCAAGCCCCAGAGCUCAGCGUCUGACUUCCUGCUCUGCUCGGAGCUGUUAGAGGGCCACACACGUGGUUUCACAUGUUUAACUCGUUUUAUGAAAACUAUUUCCUCAUGACAACCGUUCUGCUUUAGAGUUCUACUACAACAAUUUCACAUUUGGUCUGUAUUUCGGCUAACAUUCAAGGUGUCCAUGUGUGUAUUUAUUUCAGCACAAUAUGAAAAUAUGCUAGCUGAGAUGUGAAACUUGCUCGACUCAAGUCACUUUAAAAAGAAGAUUGAAAUACAAUCUUACCGGUUGUUAAGAGGGCAAUCUGUUGCACUUUGAACUUUCAGUUUGUUUUUGUGUUUAGCUAAACCCGUGUUAAGUUAACUGGAUACACUUAUAAUAACUAACUAACUGUUACAAAUGUAUUCAGUAAUCAUUUUCCCAGAAUACUGAUUAAACUUCAUCAAGGUGGACCGUGAGGCCUCGCAGAAUUUCGAUACGCAUAUUGAUUUGUUGAGUGGAGUGAGUCAUGGCUGCUCAAAAGUGAAAAAUGAAUCAAUUUGAUUUUCGUACAAAUAAGCACCUGUUUGCUCCACCACCUCCCACCAAUCUGAACUGUAAGGGAAACACUGAGAAUAUUGUUGGUUUAUAAUGAAAAGGUGCAAAAAAAAAAAAAAAAAUGAAUUCAGAAAAAGUGCACACAGUUUUUGGUAAAUUAUACGUAAACAUCUAUCAACAUAAAGAUAAGAAGAGAAACCUGCUACAUAUUAAAACUAUUAGAAGUAUUAUUUACAAACUUAGCAUCAUCUUUGGUACUUAUUUGGUUAUUUUCCUGAGGGUGUUUAUCUUGAAAUAAAGUGAACUGAGAACUGAAAACCUUUUCAGGCUAUUGAUCAUAAUCAGUCUCUUGUUGUGACUCUUUUCAUUAGCACACUAAAAGCUAUUUGUUACUCUUGUCUGGGUGAAAACCGUUAUUCAUUUUGUUUUCCUAAUGUUUUAUGCUCUCAAAUGUGUGGUGAUGGUGCACCACUGCAAUAAUAAUGAAUCUGCCUUCUGUUUUUGACCUUUUGUUUUGUUUAAACACCUUAAAAAAAUAUAAUAUACAACUUUUUUUUUUUUUAAAUCUGCAGACUGUAAAUGUCUUUCCCUCAAACAUUCACUGUUCACUGUAUUUACACUAUAGCGACGCAUUCAAUGGCGAAUGGCAUCUUAUGUUAAGGUCACCAGAGGUGGCCCUCAGCCUAGCGUGAGUCCUCCCCGGUCUCAGCCUCUCCUGGUGGGAACAGCACUUUCCUGAGGAUGGGUGCGUAGAAGGGCCCGAAGACGCUUCGGUUGAAGUGGACGAUUCGCCCAAAGGCCGUCCCCAGCUCGGCUAGCUCGGCGCUCACCAGCCCGAGGGGAGCGGGCAGCGCUGGACUCCUUUUAGCGAGGCCGCCCUGCAGCAUGGCCCGGAGGAAGCCCUGUACUCUGUCUCCUAUGUUUGAUGGAGAGAGGGAUGAGGGGGUGGAGGGCGAGAGAAGGAAAGAAGUCGGCACUCUGCGGCGGCACACAUCCAAGUUCAAAAACAUCCAUGUGGACAUGCGACAAGGCAAACUAACUGACAUUUUAACGCAUGUUCUCUCCUACAGAUUAAAAUAUACUACCAUA